AUUUUGACAGCCUGUGCGAAAAUGCGCGUGCAACGUAGAGCAAUUUUUGCAGACGACGUCUCGCGAGAUCCGAGAUGCAACAUGUCUGCCCCCAUGAUAGUACAUCAUGAAGUACAUGUAAAUUGUUGAGUUUCUAAAAAAUCUGCAUCAUAUACGAUAAAUAAUAAUCAUGGAAGCAGGAGAUUGUAUUGAAUUCCAAGUACAAGCAGAAUAUUCUGAUAAUGGAAAAGCAGAAUCAGCUACAAGCUCCAUUGAUGGACAGAAAUUAUCCAAGUCUCAAAUGAAGAAACUUCGUAAAAAGGAAAAAUGGAAACGUGUUAAAUCAGAAAAAAGAAAAGCUGAGAAAGAGAGAUACAAGGCUAGGAAACGGGCCUGUAGAGAACGUGGUGAGGACACUGGCCCUACAAGGAAAUGUCUGCGAUUAAAUACCAUGGAGAAAUCUAGCUGCAAAGUUCAUGUUGUGAUUGACUGUGAUUUCGAUAAUUACAUGGAAGAUAAAGACAUCAAAGCAUUGGUGAAGCAGAUACAAUUCAGUUACUCAGCAAACAGAAGAGCUAAGAAUCCUUUACAGUUUUACUGCUGUAAUGUUGGUGGGAAAUGUAGGGAGCGUCUUGAAAGCGUUGGUGACUACAAGGGAUGGGACAUAAAAUUCCACGAGGCCAGCUACAGCUCUCUGUUUGAGAAGUCGUCACUGGUCUAUCUCUCAAGUGAGUCCCCAAACAUCCUGGAGACGCUUGAGGAGGACAAGGUGUACAUCAUAGGAGGGCUCGUAGACCACAACCAUCACAAGGGCCUGUGCCACAAGCUGGCUGAGGAGAAGGGGUAUGCACACGCCCAGCUUCCUAUUGGUGACUACAUUGAUAUGAAAACUAGAAAAGUGCUGGCAAUUAAUCACGUGUUUGAGAUCCUUCUACGUUACACAGAGUCACAUGACUGGCAGAAAGCCUUCUACUCAGUGCUGCCACCUAGGAAAGGUGCUGUGCCGAAACAGCUCGCUGAGACCAGGAGUGAGAGUGAAAAUGCUGGUGACAAACGUGAAUCUGAGAAUUCAGAUGCUGAUGAUGACCUAGUGAAAGAUGAUCAGACUGGACUUGUGUUUGAUGGCGCAGUCAAUAAUGACCAAGAAGUAACUGGAAAUGAUUUUGUUGACAUCAUUAGUAAAAAUAGUGGAAACAUUAGCCCUAUGAGUAAAAGUGCUGACAAAACCAAUGGCGUUGCUGACACAAAUAAUUUUGACAGACAGGACAGUGUAAAUAAUAAAGCUGUUGAGUUACCUGCCAACAAUAAGGCAGAGCUGACUGAGAGCACUACUGCAGAAGAAGCAAAGGGAGAAUAAAAGUAAAUAAUAAGAAAAAGAGAAAUGACUGAACAUCAAGUAGACCUAGCACUAUGCUUGAAUAUGUGUUAUAGGGAAUCAAGCAAAACAUGUUUACCAGAUUAAGGUGAUGAUUACAGAUUUUUGACAAAAUGGUGUACAUGUAUUUAUAAAUACAAGAUUCUGCUAUAACAAAUAAUAA